AUUAUCUCCCCGGUCCGCCUUCUCACCACUUGCAUUCUCCAUGCACUAUUAGUUCCCCCUCCCCCUCACUCCCCUUCCCUUCCCCAACCUAAAACUCGCUAACUGUAGACCUCUUUGUGCGUACAAAGGGAUCGAUACUCAUUCAAACUACUCCUAGCUAUUUGGAGUCGGCUUUCGUUAAAAAAGAAAAAAACAAAAAAAUGGUGUUCGUCGGAGGAAUUGUUGGCGCCACCGGUGGACUAAGAGCAGAUGCAUUCCGGUUGGCGGUGCAGGUGAUUCGGGGGCGAUGGUUCAUGUUCUUUGCGUCGUUCCUUAUCAUGGCGGCCUCCGGCGCCACCUACAUCUUCAGCAUCUACUCCAACGACAUCAAGACCUCCCUGGGCUAUGACCAGUCGACCCUCAAUACCCUGUCCUUCUUCAAGGACCUCGGCGCCAACGUCGGCAUCCUCUCCGGCCUCAUCAACGAGGUCACCCCUCCCUGGGUCGUUCUCGCCAUCGGCUCCGUCAUGAAUCUCUUCGGCUACCUCAUGAUCUACUUCGCCAUCACCGGCCGCAUCGCCCGCCCCGCCGUCUGGCAGAUGUGUCUCUACAUAUGUAUCGGAGCCAACUCCCAGUCCUUCGCCAACACCGGCUCGCUCGUAACCUGCGUCAAAAACUUCCCGGAGAGCCGCGGGGUCGUGCUCGGCCUCCUCAAGGGCUUCGUCGGCCUCAGCGGCGCCAUCUUCACCCAGCUCUACUCGGCCAUCUACGGCGACGACUCCAAGUCCCUCGUCCUCCUCAUCGCGUGGCUCCCCGCCGCCAUCUCCAUCGUCUUCGUCCGCACCAUCCGGCUCAUGAAGGCUGCGAGCGUCCCCUACAAGACCUCCAAGCCCUUCUACUGCUUCCUUUACAUCUCCAUCGCCCUUGCCACUUUCCUCAUGGUCAUCAUCGUCGUCGAACAGCGAUUCUCCUUCUCUCGCCCCGAGUCCAGCAUCGCUGCUGUCAUCGUCCUCCUCCUCCUCUUCCUCCCUCUCGCAGUUGUCGUCAAAGAGGAGCUCAAGAUCUUCAGACAAGAGAAGGAAGCCCUCGAAAACCCUGCCCCUCUCUCUGUAUCCGUCGAAAAGCCGGCGAUUACAGAACCGCCGCCGCCGGAGCCGAAACAAGUCCCGGCCACCACCCCAUCCACCAUUCCGACGACGACGACCACCACCACCACGUCUACUAAGAAGAAAUCGGCCAUAUCUGGUGUCAUCGACACCCUCAAGCCUCCGGAGCGUGGCGAGGACUACUCCAUUCUCCAAGCCCUCUUCAGCAUCGACAUGUUCGUCCUCUUCUUCGCCACCAUUUGCGGAGUCGGCGGCACCCUGACGGCGAUCGACAACAUGGGCCAGAUCGGGCAGUCGUUGGAAUACCCGGACCGGAGCAUCAAGACCUUCGUCUCUCUCAUAAGCAUAUGGAAUUAUGCCGGCAGGGUCACCGCCGGGUUCGUCUCUGAGAUCAUCCUUGCCAAAUAUAAAUUCCCCCGGCCUCUCGCACUCACCUUCGUUCUCCUCCUCUCCUGCGUCGGCCACCUCCUCAUCGCCUUCGGUGUGUCGCAAUCUCUCUACGUCGCAUCGGUGAUCAUCGGCUUCUGCUUCGGAGCUCAGUGGCCGCUACUCUUCGCUAUAAUCUCGGAGAUCUUCGGUCUCAAGUACUACUCCACUCUGUACAACUUUGGCGGCGUGGCGAGCCCAAUCGGGUCGUAUAUACUGAACGUGAGGGUCGCCGGUCACCUAUACGAUAGGGAGGCGAACAAGCAGAACAGUGGACUAACGAGGACUGACGGCAAGGACUUGACUUGCGUUGGAGUUGAGUGUUUUAAGCUUUCUUUCAUUAUUAUCACGGCGGCGACCGUGUUUGGUGCUUUUGUUUCACUGAUAUUGGUAUGGAGGACGAGAAAUUUCUACAAGGGCGAUAUAUAUGCGAGGUAUCGGGCGGCGGCAGCCGCGACGGAGAAUGGGGCGGCCAUGGGGACUGUUAUUGCAGCUGGUAAAGAGGUAGAGGAGGACAAAACUAUUUCCUCCGAGGUGGUGGUGCCAAAUAGGGAUAAGAACAAAAGUUGAAAAACAGGAUAACGGUCAAAAAGAGCAAGCGUGGAUCCCGGAGCACCGCAGAGUGUGGUGCAUCGUAUGCACCGUCAAUCAUACGAUGGAUGGCUGUAUGCGACCGUCCAUGGUGUGCCAGCACCGUGGAGAACCCGCGCUCUGGAGCUGUUGGCGUGGGUUGGCGGUGUGCUAAUUCCUCCUGCUUUGACUUGUAUUAGUGCCGAGAAAUUUUCUUGUAAGACUUCUUUUUACUCGGUUGAAGUGUAAGAUGUAUAAAAAGUUUCAAAGCUUUUAUAGUUUGGAUUGAUGCAAUCAUACAGUUCGUGGGUCCG